GAUCGAAGGCUCAGUGAUGAAUGGGAUGCUGCAAAAGUACCACCCAGUCGCUUUCAGAAGCGCAAAGGAUCAAUAUAUGCCACGCCUGGCUCUCGCGAUGGCCACGUCGAUAAGAACUAUGCUGAAAAGUAUCAUGCUAAGAUUGCCGAGAUGAAAGGUGGC